AUGAAUAUCUGGUCAGGGUCAAUUGAUCUAGGCGCGGGCCACCAGUUGGAAGGGAUCCGCUUGCGUGAUCCGACCUCCCACUGGCAAUGCGAUAUUUCCAAAGACACCGAACUCGGUCUCCGCAGCUUUGUUAACCCUUCUUUGAUCCCGCUUCAUGCGCGAGUGGGCCCUAACCUCGAGUUACGCACGACCAAUUCACAAACGUCUCAAUGGCUGCAGCGGAGGUUGUCUGGGGCUAUCUGGUUAAACGAAGAUGAGUUGGACCUUCACCAAUCACUUCAGUGCCCUGUCGGCCUGCUGGUCAGCGUCAAUGGCACUUCAUCUAAACGGACCGGCGCCACGACGUCUGACCUUUUAAUCUAUGGCGUGUUGUCUAGUUCGACAUCAUGCACGCGACCACCCACUCCUCCACACUCAUCUCCAAAUGAGACCAACGGUCGUGCAAACACCUCGACAAGUAAGCCGUAUCAGUUGAGGAUAUAUGCAGCGCCACUUUCAACUUUGCAGCUCACUCAAGCACAAGCCUUCCCGUCUCCCCCGCCGAGUUCUGACGGAGAGCGUGUGUCCACCCUGGCGGAGUUCCUUCCAGAUAUCAGCUCACCGAGUCCCAAGCGGAAGCGAGUAGCUACACUGUUUGAGGUCGCUGCGCAACACCAUCGUCGUGUACGACAAAGAGGUGGCGAGGCGGUUUCACAAUUGAUGGCUCCUUCACGACCCCUGUCGUCAUCACAGAAUCUUCAAUCACUCCGAGUCAAGCGGGAGCCCGAGGACGAGUCACCGAGUCUACCUACCCUCGAUCGACUGGCUCUCAGAAGGUCGCGCUCAGUUUCCAUUGGAGCCAAUUUGCACCGUCCUGGUAGUACACGCGGUGCCCGCGCGACCCCAGGUAUCAGCGCAGAUCCUCAAAAGCGCGCCCCUACACCAAACCCAUUCUUGGACUCCCACUCUCGCCGUGUAUCGCAGCAGAUGCAGUUGCAGUCUUUGGACCCAGUGUCUGCCGAGGACAAAACCGCUACGCCAGCCUCUCCACCUAAAAAUCCGGAAUCCAUUAUCGCAGAAAACAAAAACGUUAUUACACGCACUAUCUUGACCUGUAUGCGGCUCUAUGGAUUCCAUCGCUCGAACCCACGGCCCUCGACUGGCAAGUCGGCGUCUGGAUCUGUUGACCCGGAGCCAGAAACCUCGAGCUCCACCCCGGCUGCUGAGGGGAACCGUGCUGAGACUCCUGCUCCUGGUGCCUCAGCCGAUGACGAGGAAUUCAAAGCUAUGUACCAUGCGACCUACAAAGCAGCCGCUUUUGCACUCCGGAAAUAUUUGAAAGAUUCUGCCUCUGCAGACAAUGCCCCUCUCUUGUUGGAGAAAGGGAAAGCCAUGACAUGCAUCGAUGAGAUUCUCCGACUCUUCUGUGAGGAUCACUGA